AUGCAGCAAAACUCCCCCAAAUUUCGCGUCCGCACUUCUCUCCUGACUUGCCAGCGGUGCUACAGAAUACAGCACUACCGGAGCAUCGACGUUGAGCGGGAGUGGGGGGUUUGGGGGCGUGUGGAGGGUUUGGAGGGUUUGUCAGUUUCUUCGGUGGUUUCGAAAGUGGUUUGCAAAAUGCCGCGAAGUUCUCUUGUCAUUAAACUUGUAGAUGUUUGCGACUUGGAGGCUUCGGUGGUUCCGGAGCUUUUCGAAAGCUGCAGACAAAAGGGUUUGAGGGUUUUGUGGGCCCUCAACAGAGUCGACUGCCUCCCCCGAGACACCAACCUCAACGAAGUGAGGCACUGGGUGCGGCGAAUGGUCCGGCAAAUUCGAAAUGUGCACAUUGACGACUGCGUGUUGAUUUCUUCAGCCACUGGUUUCGGCUUCGACACUUUGGAGCGCCGCAUUGGAGAGAUUUUGUCUGAAGACACUCCGCGGCUGCGGCCAGCAGCAGCAGCAGCAGCAGCAGGUGACGGCGCGCUCUCAACGGCGGCAGACGCAUAUGAGGACGCGCAGCAGCAGCAGCAGCAGCAGAAGCAGCAGCAGGGACGCUUCAUCUUCGUUGUGGGCAGAGUCAACUCGGGCAAGUCGACCUUCGUCAACAGGUUCCUCAAAUUCGUCGGAUAUAAGCACUUCGGGACUCUGCACCUGAAGCGCGCAGUGGGAGGGGCCACGAGGUCUCCUCUUCCAGGAACCACUUUAGACAUUUUGCCUUUUGGACUUCCCAAGGGUUUCAAACUUAUCGACACUCCUGGGGUGCCUUCGGAGCACCAGGUGACGGGUUUGCUGCGUCAAGGGUUUGACCUUUUCUCAGUAGUGCCCACGAAACGCAUGCAGCCCUUAACUUAUCCCCUCAAAAAAGGCCAAACCCUAAUUGUGGGGUCUUUGGCGAGAAUUGAUUUAGUUGAAGGAGCCACGGCCCUCUGCACCUGCUACUUCAGCCACAGGGUCACCCUCCACAUCUGCAAGUGA